CCCACUUCUCAUCAGGCAGCGCAGAGACGCACCAUGCCGACGUCAUCACGAGGCGCGGGGUCCUGACUGUGUCUUCUCGUUCAGCGUGUGUGUGUGUCUCUGCGGGUCAACCUGUGUGCAGGUCAAUCUGUCUUCGCGUCUCUCGUCUGUCCCACCGCCGUCCUCAUGUCCCGGUGUCUCGCGCUGGCUCGGUUCGCGCUCGGUUCCUCCCGGGGGACCAGCACGCGCCUAACGACGUGCACGCGAGGCCUGAACAGUAGAACCGCCUCGCGCUCCUUGUCCGCAGACUUGCGGGUCACGCAGCAGCAGAGCUGGAGCAGUCAGGCCAGACUGUGGAGCGCUCAGCGUUCCGGCCUCGGUGUCGGCCAGCAGUCUUACUACAGCACCCAGGAGGCAGAGAAAGAGCCGGAGGAGGAGCCCCUCCACACCAUCAUCAGUGACACAGAGUCUGUUCAAGGCGGAUCCUCCAAGCAUGAGUUUCAGGCUGAAACAAAAAAGCUGCUGGACAUUGUUGCCAGGUCCCUGUACUCAGAGAAAGAGGUGUUCAUCAGGGAGCUGAUCUCGAACGGUAGUGAUGCGUUAGAAAAACUGCGUCACAAACUGAUGACAGCAGGAGGUGAAACGGCUCCCAUGGAGAUCCACCUGCAGACCGACGCUGCCAAGGGCACCUUCACCAUCCAGGACACUGGAGUGGGGAUGAACCAAGAGGAGCUGGUGGCCAACCUGGGGACCAUCGCUCGCUCCGGUUCAAAGGCAUUUCUGGACGCUCUGCAGAACCAGGCGGAGGCCAGCAGCUCCAUCAUCGGUCAGUUCGGGGUUGGAUUCUACUCUGCCUUCAUGGUGGCCGACCAUGUGGACGUUUACUCGCGCUCAGCUGAGCCCGAUGCACCUGGGUACAAGUGGUCAUCAGACGGCUCUGGAGUUUUUGAGAUUGCUGAAGCUGGUGGUGUUCAACAGGGAACAAAGAUCACGCUGCACCUCAAGGACGACUGCAAGGAGUUUUCCUCUGAGGACAGAGUUAAAGAGGUUGUAACAAAGUACAGCAACUUUGUCAGUUUCCCCAUUUUCCUGAAUGGACGUCGGCUCAACACUCUGCAGGCCUUGUGGAUGAUGGAGCCGAAGGAGAUCAGUGACUGGCAGCAUGAGGAGUUCUACCGCUACAUCGCCCAGGCCUACGACAAGCCCCGCUACACGCUGCACUACCGUGCCGAUGCACCGCUCAACAUCCGAAGCAUCUUCUAUGUUCCUGAUGCGAAGCCGAGCAUGUUUGACGUGAGCAGGGAGAUGGGCUCCAGCGUGGCUCUGUACAGCAGGAAGGUCUUGAUCCAGACCAAAGCGAGUGACAUCCUCCCCAAGUGGCUGCGCUUCCUCCAAGGUUUGGAUCCUCCACUUUGA